AUGGUCCUGUUAGUCCUCCUGGCCUGGCUCUCGCCCUGGCUUUGCCGGGCGGUUGCGGCUCUGUUGCCUGGGUCCCCCUGUGAGCCGGUGCGCAUCCAGAUGUGUCGAUAUAUGCCCUGGAACAUGACGCGGAUGCCUAAUCACUUGCACCACAGCACCCAGGAGAACGCAGUCCUUGCCAUCGAACAGUACCAGGAGCUGGUAGACUUCGGCUGCAGCCCAGUGCUUAGCUUCUUUCUUUGCGCUAUGUUCGCCCCUAUUUGCACCGUGGAAUUUCUCCACGACCCCAUCAAGCCCUGCAAGUCUCUGUGCCAGCGAGCCCGCGACGGCUGUGAGCCCCUCAUGAAGAGAUACAACCACAGCUGGCCCGAGGCCUUAUCCUGCGAGGAGUUGCCUGUCUAUGAUCGGGGUGUGUGCAUAGUCCCAGAGGCCAUCAUUACGGAUCUCCCGGCAGAGGAGGUGAAGUGGAUUGACUUUUCGGAAGACGUGAUGCUCCACGAGAAGCCGCUGUUCCCAGAAUGCAAGUUGCCCAAUCGCUGCAAAUGCAAGAAGUUAAAACCCACGCUGGCGAUUUAUCUGAACAAAAAUUACAGCUAUGUUAUUCGUGCUAAAAUAAAGAGUGUGGAGAGAAGAAGUUGCAAUGAAAUAACCACAAUGGUUGAUGUGAAAAAUGUUUUGAAAUCUUUGACUCCAGUUCCUCAUGCUCUAAUUCCUCUGUAUACUAAUUCUUCUUGCCAGUGUCCACCUCUUCUGCCAAAUCAAGUUGUACUCAUUAUGUGCUAUGAAUGGCACACCAGGUUGAUGCUUCUUGAUGAGUGCUCAGUGGAAAAGUGGAAGGUUCCAUUAAGCAAAAGGUUUCAGGUAAGAACAGAUUCUUGUAAGCAUGUAGAAUGGAUGCGAUGCACAAAAGCAAGGAGUAUGUUAGCCUAUAUUCCAGGGUCAAAGUAA